AUGAAUGCUAACAUGCAGACACAUACACAAGUAGAGGGGUUUUUUAUCAACAUAUUCCAGUCACUGUUGGUAUCUACCUUUAUAGUAGGCGAGUGUUUAACGUAUUUCCUUCCAGAAUUUGUAUCACACGGUUCAGGAAGAAAACGUUUCGCUUCGAUUUCAUUUUGUCUAGAGAUGCGCUUAUAUCUGGUCAUAUUUGCUAUUUGCACAUCUUAUCUCGUAUUGGCCCAAGACGACUUCAAUAAACCUGACGACGAAUCGGAUGUAGAUGCAUGUGAAAAUGUGAAAUGUAAACCGGGUGAAAUGUGCACAGAUGGUAAAUGCAGCUGCCUUGAUGAUUGUCCAUCUGAGUGGAACAGUUACAAUAGACAGUUGUGCGUAGACGGAGUAACCUACAGACAUGAAUGUGACCUAUGGAGAAAUCAAUGUUACUGUCGAUCAGGUGAUUCAAGAUGUGGUGGUGAACAGUUCAGUAAUCAUAGGGCCAAUGAAAAUUCUGCUAUCAAAUAUUACGAUGAAUGUCGUGAUCUUAGUGGUCUGUGUGACUGGGAUCAAAAUGAAAGCACAUUCGCUCUUCGACUUGGAAUGUGGUUUCAGGAGUUACUACGUCAAAAGUGGUCUUCUUCAUCUUGGUCAAAUGACGACGACAGUCUACUUCGUCCGAUGGAUACCAAAGCAAGAAGUACAACAAGUAAACUGGUAUCACAAAAUUCACCUCAUGAAAGAGUCAAUGGAGGAGUCAUCAGUUACUGGUUUUGUGAACUUGAUCGCAGAAACAGAGGAUCAUUACAACAAGAUGAUUUAAAUGCCUUGUAUCAGCUGUUAUUACCGUCAACACCAUGCCUAGAAGUAUUUAUUAACCGUUGCUCUGGUUCCGGGGGAAUAUCAUUCGACCAGUGGCAUAAUUGCUUCGAUAUACCUUCGGAAGAACGAAUGCAGUGCAGUGAGUUCAAAUAG